AGCGGAACUAAAUGAAAAGUUUUACUGUUCGACGUAACACCCGGAACUUCCGGUUACACCGGGCAGUGUUUCCUGUUUUCUCUUGAGCAGCGGCCUCUUCGCUCCUGACUGCGCUAAAAACAGUGGAAGAAGGCUCAAAUCGGUGGUUUCUGAACUGGUUCUGUGACGCUCUGAGACCAUGGACGAGACGUCAGCAGGUAGUUUGUCCGACCCGGACCCAGACAGUCCUGGACCUUUGAACCGCGGGUGCUUGCUUGACCAGACUGACGAUCUUUGCCAGGAUAUGUCGGUCAUCGUCCCAGAAACUCCCAGUCCACAGUUGGGCAAACGCAGAAGAUUAAGACGAGUCUCAGCAGAACGAUUAAACUCUGCUGGGGUCCGUACGUCACUGGACAGAGGCUCUUUUUCCCCCAGCACAGAUGGAGGUUUCUCCAAACGCCGGCGGCUAGCAGCAGCAUCAGUAGCAUCAGCAUCGAUGUCAGGAUCAAGUGUCGAUGGUUUUGUUCCUGCUUCAUCUCUGAGGUCGUUCCCCCUCACCUCCUGGCUGGAGGCCUCGCUGUCCACCGUCUCCUGUUUCUCCUCCACUUCUUCAUCCUCUUCUUCCCAGUCCUCCUCUGCAUCCUCCUCGUCACUGUCCUCGUCUUCAUCAUCCUUCUCCUCCACUCAAGUCUCACAGGAGGACGUAGAAGUAUUGGCUCUCACCACAUCCACAGCAGAGUCCAGUCUUUCAAGAUUCAGAAGGAGAGAGACAGGGAGGGAGGGAGAGAGGGGGAGGCGAACCCCAGUGUCACUGUCACCAUCAUCACCGCAACGACAGACGCCAACGCCAUUUCCUGAUUCUGACUCUGUGUCCUUCCUCACAGAAGAGGAGAGGAGGUGGCUGGACUCCGAACAGGGUAAUACCUCUCCAGCAGCAGCAGUGGAGGAGAUCGUUAUUAGUGAUGAUGAUGAGACGUUUGUCCGUUCGUUGCAGACGACUGAGGACGAGGCUUUUGCUCGUAACCUUCAGGCCCAGUUUGACCGAGAGGAGCAGCACCACAGACAGCAGUUUCGUCAGCAUCAACAUCAUCAGCCUCACCAUCAGUACAGACACCACACAAUGUUCCCUCACACCACCCCCAGCUGGAUGUCUCAGAUCCUGAUGGCAGUUUCUCCUGAUGCGGCUUUUCAUGAUGAACUGAUUGGUCAGCACCGACCCAGAGGGCGGAACAGAAGGAGGAACCCUUUCCUGGACGGACCAGGAGACUCUCAGGGAAAUGACUACGAGGCCCUGCUGGAGUUCGAGGAGCGUCAAGGUUCCGUCAUGUCCAAGAAGUUGACGCAAAGAGAAAUUCAACGUUUUCCGACCAAAACCUUCAAGAAUGCGAGCUGUGGUGGGAACACACAGUGUCAGAUCUGCUUCUGUGACUACACCGACGGCGAGAAGCUCAGGAUGUUGCCCUGUUUCCAUGACUACCACAUGAAAUGUAUCGACCGGUGGUUGAAGGACAACACCACCUGUCCUAUCUGCAGGGCCAAUCUGGCUGAUGGAGACACAUUGGCUCCUCCCAACCUUUGACCUCUGACCUCUGUGUUCUAUGUUUUGAAGAUCCAUGUUGUUUUAAAGAAUGACUCUCAUUGUGUUUGAUCUGUUUUUAAUCUUUUAUUAUAAGAAGUAUUAAAACAUUUUGACUUCA